CUUCUACAAGUUGUAUUCUGUUCUUCUUUUAAUAAAAGAAAAAUCAGAAUGAAGCUGUUGAUCAUUGCUGCUGCCCUUAUUGUGGCCACAAAUGCCAAAUUAUCCGCCUUCGAACAAUGGACCAGCUUUAAGGCAACGCAUAAUAAAUCCUACAACGUUAUUGAGGAACAACUUCGUUUUGGAGUUUUCCAAGAGAACCUCCGCAAAAUCGACGAACACAAUGCUAAAUACGAAAAUGGAGAAGAAACCUACUACCUCGCUAUUAAUCAAUUUACGGAUUGGUCCAAUGCUGAAUUUAAAGCUAUGUUGGACUCUCAAAUGGCUCAGAGGCCACAACUAUCGGUUACUGAAAAAUUCGAAGCUGUGUCUAGUUUACAAGUCCCUACAGAGGUUGAUUGGAGAAAGAAAAAUGCUGAUUUGGGAGUCAAAAAUCAAGGAAGCUGUGGAUCCUGCUGGGCUUUUAGUGCCGCCGGAGCCAUCGAAGGUCAACUUGCUAUUCAUAAAAAUCAACACGUUCCUCUUAGUGAACAAGAAUUGGUAGAUUGUGACACAGUAAACGGUGGAUGCAAAGGAGGUUUAAUGACAGAUGCGUUCAACUACGUUAGACGAAAUGGUCUAGCAGCAGAAAGUAAAUAUAAAUACACAGCUAGAGAUGGUAGUUGCAAGAAGGUACAAAAACAAGUCUCUUCCAUCAGUGGAUACGUAAAUCUAGCUAGAACUGAAACUGCACUAAUUAAUGCUCUUGCUAAUGCAGGUCCAGUAUCUAUAGCUGUUGAUGCAGAUACAUGGCAGCAUUAUGGAGGUGGAGUUUAUAACAAUAGGAACUGUGGAACCUCUCUCAACCACGGAGUUUUGGCUGUAGGAUAUACUAAAGAUGCUUUGAUCGUUAAAAAUUCAUGGGGAACCAGUUGGGGUGAGCGUGGUUACAUCAGAAUUAUCCGUGGUAGGAACUUGUGCGGUGUUAACCUCAUGAACUCUUACCCCAGAUUGUAAAUGAUGAUAAAUUAAAAAAUAUGUUUAAUAUAAAUAAAUAUAUAAAUAAAGGUUUGAUUUUAA